UCGAGAAGGAGGAAGCUAGAACUUUCCAUUGAUCCACUGGAUUAGGGAAGUUUGCUUAAGGCUUUUGUCGGAACAAAUAUUACAAAUGAAUUCCUAUCCCUCUCCGUCCUCUGGGGUGAUCUGCAACCCAUCGGAAUUCGAGGAGGCGCAAGAAAGAGUCAACCGCUUCCAGAAGCUCGUGAAGACAGCGACGUUCAUCGUUGCCGCCUCUGUUGUGGUACUAGCCACGUGGUAUUUCAUCGACCAAUCACAAACAUCAGUCACAACAACCCACGCCAACGCGACAACACUGCACGCAACAAAAGACAGCAAGACGGGGCGCACGACUCCGGUCAAUAAUCACGAAUCUACGGGCGAGAAUAACGGCCAUACGAGGCCUGAAAAUGUGUGUGACACUGAGGACUGUCAUUUCAUGCGUCGCUUGAUUGACCUGUCUGUCGACAAAAAGCUUAAUCCUUGUGACAACUUCUUCACAUACGUUUGCAACGGUGCCGUUCGAAGUAUGCAAGGUCUGGCUUACGGAUUUCACGAAUACGUAUAUGCGAAUCUACAGAAGAGUGCGGAACAAUGGAUGAUCAAUGGAAUAAUACGACCAGGGAAACAAAGUGGAUACCAGAAAGUACUCGCUUUUUAUGCCUCCUGCGUCGAUACAAGACACAUCACAUCAGAGAAAAACUACAUGGAGACAUUUCUUAGGAAACGAAAGUUGGCGUUGAUCGAGCGCUUAGAUUUUGACCCGUUGAAGAAGCAAAUAGAAUUCAUGUUGAUUGGGUUAUCGAUACUGUUUGAAUAUAAUAUGGUGUCUUACAGUGCGGCCGGUCAAGCCUAUAUUUUAUUGCAAUACAAAGAGGGCGCGGCUAAGACUAUGGCAGGCGAGCCACGUCCAGUCGAUGAACGAAAAUCCAUUGUGGAAAAAAUUUUAAAAUUUGUGUUUUCUGUUGACACCAUAGACGAACAGACUGUAAAUUCCAUUCUGGAGGCCGAAGACAAAAUAUCGCAGCUGACGGACGAUCAAACAGAGUCAACAUCUAUCACGUUUCCAAUGUCUCAAGUAGGAUUCACGGAAGGCAGCGAUGAAAACAUGUCAUCACGGUGGAUCCAAGCACUGGAAGAACACAGAUCUUUGCUCGGGGAUAUUGAUACGAUUACCCUUCAGAUGCGAAGAUCUCACGUUUCCCUUCUUCACAACAUCUUCGGGAGCACUCCUCUUAUCGAUAAACAUCUUCUGCAGACGUUAUUUGCCUGGAUAAUAACUUACGACCUGUAUGAGCUGUCUGGUUUCCUGGAAUCAGCAAGACAACCUCACACUGUCCGGGUGUGGUGCUACGAAUCCGCUAAGAGGACCUUCCCGUCGGUAGCGACUCUUAAGGUGUUGCAUCAAAUCGUCAAUCAAUCCAGAGUGGACGCUGUCAGAGAAAUGGCUGAUUACAUUUUUAAAGAAAUUGCUGCAUCAUUUAAGACGUCCCAGUGGCUAGACAAUCCUACGAGGGAAGCAGCACUAAAAAAAACUAUCACUGACGUCAAGAAUAAUCGGCUACCCGUUUAAUUUGUCGUCAGGAGAAGCGGUCGAUAGGUAUCUGGAGCCAAUGCAGGACUU